ACCUUUACAGGAUUACGUUGAGCUUGAUCGAUAUUAUUGAUCCGAACCUAACAAGACAGGUAUGCAUUUUAAAUUAUGUAAAGAAACUAUAGGAAACGAGUUAAGGUUACAUGCUCAGCUGUGCUCUACAUGACAGAGGCACAGAGGAAUGAGAAAAUUCGGGCGGGAUAAUGACGGCGAUCGAUGUUGCCACCCGACAUCGUCAGGUCACCAUCUUACAAUGCAUGGUUGCAAAGGACGAGGACGAAAUCAUAUGGACGCUAUCCAUGAACAAAGACAUCAUGAAAAAGGAAAUAGGAUUCGAGUACGAAAGUCGUAAUCGAAUGUGUAUUUGUGGACAAAUGUUCGAGAAACUACGCCACAAUAAUCACAUAUUUCACAUCGAAAAGUUAUCGGGAUGGGUAUUAGAAGGACGGUGUCCGCACGUUGAGCAGACGACAGACAACGUUCCGCAACAUGCAGCAACUACGUUUUUGCACUGCGCAUGUGCUCUAGGGAAGUUAAGAGUCAUCAAAUUUCUAGUUCAUGAACACGACUGCUCUUUAAACGAACCAACGAAAGCGACAUUAUUUGCUCCGAUUCAUUUUGCAAUCUACAACAAAGAUAUAAAAUUAUUUAAUUUUUUGAUCUCAAAGAAAAUUAAUGUUAACGUCUGCUGCAGAGGAGAAGAAAGAUAUUCAGCUUUAAUGUUAGCAGUUUUGGAAAAUGCUGAUGAAAUCGUCAAGAUGUUGUUGAAAAUGGAAAGUCUGCAAAAGAAUUUUGUAAACUCGUACCAAAAGGGCGCAUUGUGUUGCGCAGUAGAAAUGAACAACAAGAGAAUGGUCCAACUUCUAACAGACAAUGGCGUCAUGGCAACUCCAGGAACUCUGUAUCGGGCCGAUAUCUAUGGUGAUGAUUACAUCACUGGGCGCGUGCUCCAGACACGUGAUGCUGAUUUUUAUACCCCACAACAGCAACAUACUCUGAUUUACUCAGCUGUUGUUAAAGGCAAAGUGAAUUCUUUGAAGCUACUUUUAAAACAUGGCUUUCAACUCAAUCAUCGCCCUGAGUAUCUAUGUCCCGUGGAGGAGGAUCCAUUAUUCCACGCCACUCUGCAAAAUAACCCUGAUAUGGUUCGCGUUUUGUUAGAUCAUAAAGCUGAUAUUAGCAGAAAAAUAUACGGCACGACGUCGUACGAUUUGGCGAGAAUUUUAGAUUUAAAAGAUGUUUGUGUCAUCUUGAAGAACGAACUAGAGAGAAAGCAUCUACUUGUGAAAGCAGAACUGCAGACAGAUUCUAGCCCCUUCAUGACGAUUUUAACCCUUGCAGGAGUGAAUAAGAAGGAAUUCAUAUCCAAGCUUGUUUUGAAAGGACUUGACAUCAACGAUACUGCAGGUCAUGGGUUCAACCCAUUGCACGAGUCCAUAAACCGCGAAGACGAGGCAAUGGUAAAGCACCUGUUGCAGUGUGGGGCGGAUCCUAACAGACAGAGCGCCGAGCCCGGAUAUAUGACCCCGCUACACAUAGCCAUCAUCAAAGGUAACCUAAAUCUCGUGAAGAUGCUGCUCAGUUUAAACGUCAAGAUGGAGGUUGACCGUCCCGUUCUUGUUUUAUGGGGGUCAGACACUUACUAUACGGACUGGAUUGCGGACCCUAAGAUUAUGCCACGUCAUCGCUCGUCGUUAUGUGACGCAGUGUGCCGGAACUUCGUCACCAUCGCUCACUUCCUGUUGGAGGCGGGAAACGAUAUUGCUGAGGAAGACCCCGAGAGCAGUCAGUCAGUGAUUCGCCCUGGAGACAUGUGGGUGCGUUGCCGUGAGGAUCUUGGGUGGGUUGUCUGUACCAAGGAAAGGUCAUCGCCGACUUGGGUUACUAGAGACCAGUCGAGUAAAAUAACUGCAACACGUGUCUUUGUAGAAAUCAUGAAGACAUGCGUGUUGACAUGGUUCUUGUUCGUCAUUUCCGGGUUAACCAGUAGCACCCCCACGACAACACUGACCCCUGGGCAGCAGGCGCCCCCCAUCGCACCACCAAAUCGAUGCGUCAUAACUCUGCAAGACGAAACUUUCGCAAAGUUUCUGGACGAUCCUAAAGUUGUUCUCACAGAGUUUAAUUUUCAGCUGUUUAAUUAUUCCAAUGACCCUUUAAAGACGGAUCAGACCUACAACUACAAACCAUGGCGGUGGCAUCGAACACGCACGCAACAUGGCCGCACGUUGUUAAUGCUCUCUUUCCAUUAUGACGUUCUGUCCAUGUCUAUUUUGACCAUUGGUGUAGAACACCAUAAUGUUGUGUUAAUUGACCGUCCGUUUGGAUGCUUUUACAAUCUCACUGCUUCCGGGAGAAUCCAACUGAUCCGUGACCUAAUUUUAGACAACUUCCGCCUAGAAGAAAAGUCCGGCACCAAAAUACAAUUUGAGACACGAACAGAAAGGACAGUGUACGUCUGUAACGAGGUCGUGAAGGACAACGAUGGCUAUGCGGAGUUUAUCAACCGCUGCUGUAAUCAAAACCCCGACAAUAGCAUCACAUGCAGCGACGAAGUUCAACAGGGCUGGAUACUACUGCUGCACAUGUGCAUUACGUUGGUUAAGGUGAUGGUGUUUUUCUUUGCACCGCUGAUUAUGCCGGCCCAGAUGUACAACGCCUCCUAUGUAGCCGCGGAGUAUGCCGUGAAGCUUUCCAAAGAGCUCAAGCUCAAAAUGUUUGUGACUGAGAGUACUCAGACUUCCGUCAGAUACAAAAAGAGGCUGACGCUGGAAGACAUAGCCGAUUGGAGGCGGUUCCGUGAGAAAUUAGAGGAAUGCCCGAUGGAUGAAAUCGUUCCUAUCAGUGUACCCGAGCUAAGAGUCACAGUAAAAGGAAAGAGGAUCAUCCCUGACAACGACCCACCGACCGGGAUCUUCAGGACCUUGUACGACAACCUUAUCCGUUGUAAAAUCAAACGACUGGACCCUUUCACGGAAUGUUGCGACUUGAGCGUGUAUGCAUCCCUUGAACCCAUGAUCAAAGCCAAGUGCACGUGGCACAUGUGUGUACAAACCCUUGUUAAGGUGCUACUCCUGUUACUUAUUCCACUUCCAUUCUACGUACGCGUUAUCAUCUAUUACUUCUUUGAAGAAGACGAAGUGAUGUUUCGGAAACGUGUGAUAGAUAACUUGGGACUGAAGAAAGAGUUUGACUUCUACAAAGGAAACGUUAUCCAGUAUUUUUCUCCCACACACGGCGUUUUUAUUGCCACCUAUGUGUUCUAUUUUCUCUCUGGGGUAAUCCUGGGAUUUUCCGACGAAUCCGUCAGGGAAAAACUGAAAGCAAUAGCGAGAGACGCUUUGCAGGAUAUGGCCAACGUGUCGCGAACAAGUGUUUUGCAAGUUUUGUUGCGCAUUGGUUUGUGGCCUUUCAAGAAAUGUGGACUUAUUGCUAUAAUCGUUGCACCUUUGUAUUCAUUCAUCGCUUUUCCUGUGUGUGCAGUGAUCUUUGUUCUUUAUUGCAUUCCCACUUUGUAUCUAUCAUAUAGACUUAUAUUUCAUGCCCGAAAAAAGUUUGAUGACGAUACAUGUAAUUAUGAAUCAGAACCCGAAAAACCUUUAAGCAAGAAAAAAGAAAAACUUAAAAAGGUCCAGAAAAAGUUGUCUAAAAUUGAUAAAAGCAUGCAUAACCGCCUAGCUCACAUGAAUGAAACAAACAACAACGCCGCUGCGUGGGGUCAAGGGAAGUUCAACGCAGUCCGUCGCUUCUUGAUUCAGUGGAUCGUGGGUCUGUUCUGUCUAGCAGUCCUUUACGCCAUCAUCCUGAUCAUCGUGGAAGCGGUGGGUUUGAUUGUAGAGGUUAUGGCUUUCACGAUGAUGGGGAUUAUCAUCAACGCUGGAAGUACCCUUCGUUACGUUUCAAUGGCGCUUCUAGUGAUCGUAUACAUGCACGACUGUUACAAUAAUGUGUACGAGAGUUAUCUCACCUUUGACAAGAGCGUCGUGGAAGACAUUAUGGACAGAGUGGAAGAUCUGAAGACGGUCGCUAGUUUGCCCUCCAACAUGCAAGAAAAUGUGGCGUUUCAGGUGAAACCGGUUGAAGCGGUGGAUGAAAUCCCAACUACUCUGACAUUUGAAAAGAAGGAUCCUUCAUGGAAGAUCGGUCAUUUGUUAUUGUUUCUGGAUUCUUGCGACACUCCCAGAAUUCCUCUCCGGUUAUUCCAGAAAGUUUGUGAAAUCCGAGUCCAUGGUGCGCCAGGACCAGUAUAUAUAAAUCUCCUAAGCGCAACCGGAAAAUUCCUCAUUAUUGUUGUUUUUCUUUUCUUUGUUAUGAUCGUUGUCAUGGCAUUCGGUAAUGUCCACCAAGUUUCGUCGACCAAUCAGACUUUAGCGACCCUAGCUGGAGGAUUUGUGCCGAUGCUCUUGAAAAAUGUUCUUCCAAGAAAAUCCGUGAAACUCAACUUAAAGACGCUAAGUUUCAAAGGGCAGAUUGAUGAAAUAAUCUGCGACUUUAAACAAAAUUGGCCUAUUUAUGACUUUGUUUUCAAGAGAGAGGAUGAGGUCGAAUCUGAGCCCGAAGAGGAAGACGAUAUAGGGGGCAAAGAAAGAAAACAAAGUUUAGGAAAUGUAGUUGACGACCCAGAAGGUGAAAAGGCAAAUCCCGCAGACGACAAAGGAAAAGUCAACGACAAACUAGAAAAAUACAUGAAAGAGGGACGCGAGAAGAAGCUCUACACGGAAAAACGGCAGAAAGGACUAAAUGGCAUCAUAAAGGAAAAUACUGAAAACAAUUUAAGUGUGGAAGAAGCUUCUCGUCGAUUAUCCGUUGUGGAUGACAAUUUUGUUGAUCUUUUUAUUGACCUUAGUGUGGCUGAUACUUCUAUACCGUGGCAGAUCUACGGCUCUGCAGAAAGUCUUCAGUCAGCCUCCAUGUUACCGCCCGACUACGAAAUGGAGGUGAAAGCUCCGCCAUCGAUUCCAGAAAUCAGGGUAGAUGCCUAUCCUUGAGAUGACUGCACAAAACAAUGUAUUGUAUUUCAAAGUACAUCUCCUUUGUAUAUAAAUGUUAAGUUGUUCAAUGAUGUGGAUUUUUUUUUUCAAUGCAUCGCGUAUCUUACACAGUCACACUUGAACACAUCGAAUAAAAAAUAUAUUAACCUGACUGAUCUCAACAGAACUAAAUUCACGUUUCAUGUUUAAAAAUAAAUAUAAUAGAUUCUA